AUGGCUUCGAAGGAACAACAUAAAGACGUUGGUGUUCAGGAAAUUACGGUGUCUGACUCCGAUCAGACUUACCCUGAAUAUCACCCUCACGACAUCGAAGACCUUGCAGAACCUCCUGCAUUUGAUGACUCGCUCCUCUCUAAGCUAGGAAACAUUAAAAGGAUUUUCAAAAAGAGGGAGGAUGGUCAUUUGAUUGCAACGAGAAGAUCCUGCUUUGAGGAUCCCGAUUUUGAGGUGGUGAAACAGUAUUAUCCUCCAAAAACAUACGAGAACUAUCGUGCGUUCGAUCCAUCCUUUAGAUGGACAUUUGAUGAGGAGCGAAAACUGACCAGGAAGAUUGAUUUCCGUAUUCUUACUAUGGUGUGCGCUCUAUUUUUUGCCCUCAACCUUGACAGAGGAAAUCUGAGCUCUGCAGUCGCAGGUGGAUUAUUGAAGGAUAUUGGAUUGAGUACAGAUGACUACAACAAUGGAAACAGUCUUCGUUCGGUUGGUUUCAUUAUUUCUGAAAUUCCCUCCCAGCUCAUUGGAAAACGGUUUGGCCCAGAUUGGUGGAUUCCCAUUCAAGUUUCUGUCUGGAGUUUGAUAGCCUUAUUCCAAUUUUUUAUAUCAGGAACGAAAUCUUACUUGGCCACCAGAUUCCUACUGGGUAUUGCACAGGGUGGAUUUAUUGCAGAUGCCGUGCAAUAUUUGUCUUACUUUUACACAAGAGAACAAAUGGGAUUUCGUUUGUCUCUAUUUUGGCUCACUGAUGCUCUCUCUGGGAUUAUCAGUAACCUUCUUGCUAUCGCUUUCUUGAAAGUUGACCUUCACGGAAAAGAAGGCUGGAGGUGGCUUUUCUUGUUUGAUGGUCUGAUCACGUUGGCAUUCGGAAUUGGAUCCUUUUUCUUUAUGGUUCCUGGUCCAACCCAAACGAAAACGAAAUUAAACCCUAAUGGAAUCUUCACCGAGUCAGAAGAGAAAAUUAUAACCAACAGAUUGCUUCGAGAUGACCCCUCUAAGUCUGACAUGCAUAACAGAGAGGCAAUCACAUUCAAACAAUUUCUGAAAAGUCUUGCGGACUUUGAUCUAUGGCCUCUUAUGAUUGUGUCGUUCAUGUUCGAGAUUCCACAAAAUCCAAUCAAGGCUUAUUUGAAUAUUAACCUGAAAGCCCUCGGAUUUGGAAGGGACUCGAUCAUAUAUUUGAACAUUCCAAUUGAGGUGAUGACCAGUAUCAUGAUUGUUUUGAUCACUCUCUUAUCUGAGGUUCUUGAUGAAAGAUCACUUGUUUGUUCGUUGCAGCAGAUCUGGAUCUUGAUUGUUGUCAUUGUUGAGUAUGUGCACGUUGAUACGUUGAGUCACUGGGCACAAUAUGCAAUCAUGUUUUUUGCAAUUGGAAAUCCAUCUGCACAAGCAAUUAUUGUUUCAUGGUGUUCUCGAGUGUCAUAUUCGGUCAGAACGAGAGCCAUUUCUGCCCCUAUGUCAAAUAUCGGUAUUCAGUUGGCCGGAAUUGCAGGAAGUUAUAUAUACAGAAGUGACGAUUCGCCAAAAUACCGCCGUGGUAACAGGGUCAUCAUUGGUAUUUGCUGCCUCAAUACUGUUCUAUUUGUCCUCACGAAGUUAUACUAUAUUUCCAGAAACAAUUACAAAAGGUCCAAAUGGAACGAAUUGUCAAAACUUGAGAAAGAGGAGUAUCUUUCUGCCCACCGAAAUGAUGGUAACAAGCGGUUGGAUUAUUUAUUUGAACAUUAA